CCACACUGUCCCCAGGGAUGUUCCCCCCCGUUGCUUUGCUCCUUUUUCCAGCCUCCAAGUGGGUGGCGACGCUCAAUGUGGGUUAUGGUGGUGCCCACGCGAGUUACUAUCACAAAGCCAACGAGCAGGUGCAGGUUGGGGUGGAGCUGGAAGCCAACACGCGGCUGCAGGACACCACCUUCGCCUUUGGGUACCAGCUCAACCUGCCGCAGGCCAACGUUGUCUUCAGAGGGCUCCUGGACAGUAACUGGAGCGUGGGGGCGGUGCUGGAGAAGAAGCUGCCCCCCCUGCCCGUCACGUUGGCUCUGGGCGCUUUCCUCAACCAUUGGAAGAACCGAUUCCACUGCGGCUUCAGCGUCAUCGUGGGCUGAGGGCCGGCAUCCGCCACUGCUCAGGGAGCCACAGUGCCACAGGGGAACCUGUCACCUCACCCCAGCCCCACACGUCACCUUGCCCCAUAGCCGAGAUGGGGCCGGGGGCCGUCAGCACCGGGGGACGCUGUGACAGCGCCGGGAGGAUCCUUGGGUUGAGCGUUGGCCAACCCGCUCCCAUCCAACCCGGCCCAGCGCUGCUCUGCCUCAGUUUCCCCCCAGCCCCACAUUGGCCACGCGGGGAAGGGGCUGGAAACGCCCCAUAGAGCGCACCCACGGAGCCCGGAUAAAUAAAAGAGCUUUACUCUGCC